AUGCCCCGCUCUACUCCUUCGGUUUCCAGCGCCAAUGCUAUCAACGCUCCUCGUCUUCAGGAGGACGCCAAGCCAUGCGUCUCGGACCUUGUUGCCAAGCUUGUGGACAAGCCCUUCGACAACCUGGAAUGGUUCGCCAACUUGUGCAAGCUCUACGGCUCCCACCCGAUGGACAAUCUCAAGUACGCCAUCCCGAAGACGAACGACGAUAGCUUCUCGCGGAUUGCGCUGGACUUCUGCCAGGAACAUGCCGACACGGCGCAGGCGAGUACCGAGGACAAGGACAAGCUCUGGCAAGUCUUUCUCAACACGUGCUCGGCUCGCUUCGCCCCCCGAUGUGAUUGGUCUCGGCACAUGGACAUCGCCCACCUGGAGAUUCGCACGGACGAGGACCACGCCGCGUACUCGGAGCGCGCCCGCAGCCUGCUGGCCAACGUCAAUCCCGAGCUUCACGUGGUGUGCACGUACCUCGCCGGGUUCCACGACACGCGUCUGCAGCUCUUCAUCUCGGACAAGCAGCCCAAGACUCUGCACGACGCCAUCAUCCUCGUGGACCGGUACUUCUCCAUCGUGCGCAGCAAGCGCCGCCACGACACGGCCUCUUCCGACCUCAAGCGCAGCAAGCGCUUUCCACCACAACAACCGCCGCGCUCGCACCAGCCUCGCAUGAGGAACCGUCGUCCCAAACAGCAUCAGCUUCGCAAACUGCCACCGUGCAGUCGGUGCGGUCGCACCAACCAUGUCGUCAGUGAUUGCCAUGCUCGGCGUCACGUGAAUGGCAAACAGUUGGAUGGGCCAACGGCCACCAACACGGUGCGUGUCAACCCGACACAAGCCGGUGCUGAGCUGCAUGAUGCCUCGCACGUUCCUCCGCCUCCGCCUCCUCGACGUCUUCCACGAGUUGAUCCAGCUGAGUCUGUUUCGCAGCUCACUGAGUCCGUGAAGCAAAUUGGCAUCGUUGAGGACAUGCAAUUUGACGAGGAAGGCAGGCCGGUCACCGUUGUGUCCGUGAACGCUUGCACCCGCAACUCCUCUUUGAUUAGCACUAAUGUGCUCUUCUGUAACAAGAGGCUGCGAGCGCUUGUGGACACUGGGGCCGAGAGGUCAUUGUGUAAACUCAGCAACUUUUCUGAGACACGUCCCGGAGCUAAGCUUACGCUUGCUCUCGCGGAUGGCAGCACCAGCACCACCGAUCGUUACGCCACUGGCAAGAUCGAGUGGUGUGGCCAUGUCACCAGCAUGUGCCUGCCAGCAGUGAAAGAUCUCUCUGUGGAUCUCCUGCUCGGUAUGGAUUGGCUGCAACGGGCCCAACCCGUUUUCGACUUCAACAGUGGCACGAUUUCGCGCAAAUGUAAGUCUAGCCAAGUAGAUGUACACAGUUUAUGCACAAAGUAUGCACCUGUGUUUUUGGAUUUGACUUGUAUGCCUCCCUCUCGAGGAGAGUUGGAUGUGGAUAUCCCACUUGUCACUAAUGCGAUGCCCCCCAAGUCACGGUGCUAUCGCCUGAGCUCACAUGAGUUCACCACAAUGCAGGAAACGGUCAAGGACCUCUUGGACAAGGGGUGGAUCCAACCGUCCACUUCAUCUUGGGUUUCUCCUGUACUAUUUGUGGUUAAAAAGGACAAGAACUUGAGGAUGUGUGUGGACUACCGUGCAUUGAAUGCAUUAACGAUCCCUAACAGAUACCCUUUGCCCCUGCUGUCCGAACUCAUUACAAAAGCAUCUGGACAUUCUCUGUUUACAUCACUUGAUCUUAAAUCCGCAUAUCACCAAGUGAGACUCAAACCAAAAGCACGAGAGCUGACAGCAUUCUUCGCACCUGGUAUGGGUCAGUUUGAGUACACGGUCCUUCCUUUCGGGCUGGCAAACGCUCCUGCCCAAUACCAACGCAUCAUGGAUCACAUUUUGAAAAAUCUUCCCUCCGAAAACGAUGACUCGCGAAUCUUCAACAAUCUCAAGGCCACCAUGGCCAAGUUGCCCACGUUGUGUCCCACGCUCGACCUUGAUCCUACAGAGCCACUGGAUCUGUUUACAGACUCCUCCGACAAAGCAGUCGGCGCUGUUCUCCAGCACAAGGGUCGCCCCAUUGAGUUCUACUCCAGCACCCUUUCAGUGCAUGAGCGAAACUGGCCAAUCAGGCAGAAGGAGCUGUAUGCCGUCAUCAAAGCUCUGCAACAUUGGCGUUACCUUUGUAUCGGUCGCCCCAUCACUGUUUACACCGACCACAAGUCGCUCGAGCGAGUGUUGGCACAGAACAAGAUACAGGAAGCCCGCAUUCAGCGAUGGUCGCUCUUCCUCUCAGACUUCAACGUUACUUUCAAGUACAUUCCAGGCGACAAAAACGUCGUUGCGGAUGCACUCUCUCGCACCUGCAUGGUCAGGGAGCUGCUUGAAGACGAAACAGUCAACAUCCGCUGGUCUGACUACCUCAAAGACCCUUUCUGGGAGAAGAUCAUUCACGACCUCGCGUCCUUUCCACAGUACAAACGUGUUGGCGACCUACUCUAUCACAAGAACCGCAUCUGCGUGCCAUCUUCCAGUCAUAGAAGCGUAAUGGCCAUGGCGCAUGAUGGGCUGAGCAGUGGACAUCAAGGUGUUUCCAAGUCUCAGGCCCGCGCUGCGCGCGAAUUCUAUUGGCCGGGGAUGCACAGUGCGAUUCGAGAGUACGUUGACACUUGUCACACAUGCGCAACGGCAAAGAGUGGUCGUAGACUCAAGGUCCCCACCCAAGCCUUGCCGGUGGCACCAUACCCGUGGCACACAGUCACAAUGGACUUGAUGGUUGGACUACCAACUACAUCUCAAGGACACGACGCUAUCUACGUGUUCGUAGACAAGUAUUCCAAAAUGGUCCAUUUGGCCCCUACGUCCAGCACUGUCGAUGCCCAGGGUUGUAUUUCACUAUUCAUUCAACAUGUGUACAAGUUACACGGACUCCCCGAAGUCCUCAUCUCCGACAGGGAUCCGCGGUUCACCGCAGCUCUGUUCAGGAAAGUCAUGCACAAGUUCAGC